AUGGUGAGUGUGUACAGGGUUAAUGUACGAGUGGAGGAGCUGACAGUGAACUGUGGCCAUGUUGGAGCCCCACAGCUGUGGCUUCCCAGAUGUUUAUCGGGGUCAAAUUUCUUGGUUCGGGGGCGGGACUGAAUAACGGGAAAACUCAAAAACACCCACAGACUCACUGCCAGCGGACACGCCACUUCUUGUCCUUUCAAGCUGCGAAGUAACUGACUUUAGCACACGGGACCAGCGGAGAUGACAGGUGACAGUGACAUGGAGAUUGUUGACUCAGCUGACCAUAAUGCUGCAUCCCAAAACAAUAAUGCUCCAAAUGAAAUAGGAGCACUGGUGGAGGUCACCUUUCAGAAAAACCCCCAUCAAGAACAGAAGUACUUGGAGGCAGAGCCCAAAGCUUUAGGGCUAACCCAGAUUAUGCUGAGUCUCUUUGUCAUAAGUAUAUCAAUUGUAGCUUCUAAAAGAAAUGUAUAUAUAAUGGUUCCAUACGGUAUCACCUGCAGCCUCUCUACACUUGGAAUAAUAGCUGGUAGCGUGGCGAUAGCUGCACAGAAUCUUCAUCUUCCUAAACUGAAGGCCUGUUUGGUAAUGCAGAUAUUGACAUGUGCAGCGGCAGGGGUCUGCUUCAUUAUCAAUUUGGUGGUAACAGUCGACAUGGGUUUGGUUUACGGCUGCUGGCAGUAUAACCAUGAAAAUACAACUUUGCACCAAGAUCUCUGUGAAAGAAUGCUGGAGGCACAUUCACAUCUGGUAGGACUCAAAAUGCUAUGUCAGGCAGCUCAGGUUGCCAUCUCUGCCACCUUAGCUGCAUUCUGCUGCAAAGUGAUUCAGUGCUGCUCACCCCGGGCUAGCAUGCCCAUGAUUGUUGUGAACGCACCCACAGCUCCUCACUGAAGGUUAUUCAUUUAACAAACCAUCUAGUUCUUAUACGGAGUUCAUCUAAAUCUAACCCAUACAUAACUGCAAAUAUAUUGUUGAUUGUACACAUAUGCACAUUUAAAAUAUGUAGUAAAUGUUUAAAAUUAAACACUAAUGUAUUAUUAAAUACAUUAAGUUUAGUUAAUGUAGUUUAGUUUUAGAACUUUGAAGGGUUUAAAGAAAAGAAAGCUGUGUCAAGUAAAUUGAAUGUGACAGCCACCAUGUUCAGGCAAUUGUAUUUUUUUUUAUCUUGCCUCUUCCAUUAAAGUUUGUGUUUAGGCUAC